UCAAAUCGCACUACAAGAAAAUCGUUCAACAUUGUUAGGGCCGUUCCAACUCAGUGCAGUGUUCUUGAACUGUUAAUUCGGAAUGAUUUUGAAAUCAUAUCGUGACAGAGUCGAGUCUAAAGUACACUCACUGAAAUGAGUCUGCCUUUGCAUGUAUUUGAAGAACAUAUUCUCCCAAUUAAUGACCACACAACAUGGCCCAGCGAAAUGUGAACAAAAGAAAAGCACUCCUCUCAGUAACUGACGCCAUCAUUCCACCAUCUGCAUUGUUAUCCCCAAAAAAUGUUUUAGCGAGAGCGUCUUCGACACCGGAAAUAAUAUGUUCUGUUAACGACUCGUCAAAUAGCAACAUCACAGAGGAAAAGGACUCGUGCAAAAAAAAGUAUAGAAGGCCUGGGAGUGUAAGCUUUCAUCCCGACAUAAGACUAUACUACUCUGCAACGACCAACGACUUGGAGGAGGUUAAAAUGUUGGUAGAGUCAGGAAUGGCGGAUGUCAACGCUAAGACUCCGGCCGAAGGAGCCACCGCGUUACACGGAGCCGCCUACGAAGGAAACCUUGAAUGCCUGCAGUAUCUUCUUGACAACGGAGCAGACGAGAAAAUACACGAUGAUGACGGUUGGACGGCGCUCCACGCGGCUGUCUGUGGAAAGAGCAAAAAAUGUGUUUCUCUUUUGCUGAAAGCAAAUUGGGACCCGUUCGCUGAAAAUGAGGAUGGACUUACGCCAUUUCAGAUGGCCGUGGAAAUUGGGAAUGAUACACUUUUACGACAAUUUCUAAAGAGGUUUAACUCUUUGAUGAAGGAUGAUUCUGUUCCAGAGACUUCAGUGUAAGGAUUAAUUAGAUUUGCCCUCUGACUGAGCUGAGUGAUAUCAAUAGAUGGUGGUGAAUCAAAUCUCCUAAAUGACCGUCACGAGUCAGAAAGAAAAUGAGUUAAAACGGAUCAACAUCCAUUUUUAAUUUCGCGACCACAUGAAGUCACUUCGUUGGGUGACACAACUUUAUCAUUCCCCAUAACAAAGCCGUAUUUAGUAUUUAGUUUCAAUGAAAUUUUAGCAUUUCUAAACAAGCAGUCCAAACUACUACAUACUUUUCUUUAGAGGUGUUGCUCUCCGUAGAUAUAUGUACAUAAGAUCCUCAUCCAGACUAUCUACUGUAUUGAGCCUUUUCGUCAUAGUCACUUGUUCAAACUUUCAAGUAUGAGCUUUUUUAAAAUUUCAAGUUAUGGCCUAUGAUUACGGUGAUUAUAGAUAAAAAGAUUACACCAAGGAAUUUUUGAGAACAGAAUGGUCCAGUGAAACAAGCUUUAGGCUUUGAAGUAUAUAAUUCUAUAUUAUACAAAAGACUCCGCAAAUUGCAAGAUGAAGAGAAUUUACUCUGUGUUUUGAUUGGCUUCUAUCGAGCGGAGUAGAUGGGCUGCGCUCGGGAUUUCCCGCUUUGUUUCCGCAAGAAAAAAAUUAAUUUGGCCAUAGGAUAAAUAACACCGUUAUUGACAGUUUAGUUCAGGCAAGAUGGCUGCAUAUUGGCUUCAUUCGUCACGGUCGAUAAAAACUCCAGAAAGAACUUCACUAACAUUCACACCCGCUCAUUAUAGCGCAUAUAUAUUGAUCUAGAUAAAUGGCACAUAUAUAUAUGCGUUGAUGUGGCGGUAAAACUGUCUCGAAUUUCAAUAUCAAGUUCGAGAUUCCUGCUGAAGGCUGAAGUAAUGUGUCGACUGAGUCUAAACUUUACUCACUCCGCAGUGAAAUAGAUCUUUUUGGACAACAAAGCAUAUUUCUUGGACGCUGUUUUUUUGUUAUUUUAGCAUCCUGCACCAUGAAAUUUCAGUGUUUCAAAACUUCCCACCCCUUUCAGUUAUGGGAAUACCAGCUCAUCAAAAUUCAGAUACGAUUCUGGCAAACUGUCCACCUAUCCCUCCCCUAAUCCCACAUUUUUGCCCCAAUUGAGAAGUUAGGGUUAGUGUUGGGUUGAGGGAGGGGUAGUGGGCAGUUCUCUGAAUCAAAACUGUCCAUCUACCCCCCUCCUAUACCUCCAUUUUGCCCCGAGUGAGAAGUUAGUGUAAGAGUGGAAUUAGAGAGAGGCGAGAAGAGGCAUGCAGAUGGGCAUGCAGUUUCCUAGAAUCUUACACUGAUCCAACAAAUCGUACCAAGAGAGCUCAUUCUCUCUUGAUCAUACUCCAUAGCAGAGGAGUAUGAUGGCAAUAGAAGCAUUGCACUCCAAUGUUACAGAACAUCUCCAUAAACUGAAUCACCUCCA